GAAUCUCCUGAAGAUCAGGACUUAUUCGGCGCAGGUGCAAUGGUGCAAUCAGUUGAGCAAUCUUCUGAAUCUACUGAAUCUUCUGAAGAUCAGGACUUAUUCAGUGGAGAGCCGAGAGGUGAGCAAUCUUCUGAAUCUACUGAAUCUUCUGAAGAUCAGCACUCAAUCGGGGAAGAGUCUGAACGGCUGAAGUUUGGUGCCCUCUGCAGUGGAAACCCCGGUAACAGGAGGAGAGGAUGUGAUGACAGAGGAUAUGGCUGUGGACAUUAUGGAGCCAGCCUAGCUGGAGGUAAACGCAAACACUUGGGCCUGGACAUCGUCUGCGCUGACGGUGCGACGGUUUACGCCCCGUUCGACGUGGUGCUGGGCGGACGCGCUGUCCCGUACUCAGAAAACAACGCCAUCAAUGACGGAGUCAACCUCGGAAGACAAGGCCAAUGUUUCAAGCUGUUUUACGUCAAGCCGGACAAGUACAGCGGGACCCUGAGGAAAGGUCAGAGGCUGGGGAAGCUGCUGCCCAUGCAGUCUGUGUACCCCGGGAUCACCUCCCACAUCACUGUGCAGAUGUGCGAUAAAACCGACCCGACCAAGUACUUCUGAGGCCCGUGAGAGCCUGAGCAACCAUCCUCUCAUCGUUUUACACCUUCAUUCUCAUGUCAGAGACGGGAGUUCACCUCUUCUCCAAUCGCCCGUCUGAUCCUGUAAAACACCCCCCCCACACGUGGGAGACCAGCUUCAUUCUUGAAUUCUGAAAAGUUAUGAAAGUUAUAUCUAGCUUCAACUGUUUGCUGGCUGUCUAUCA